CCCGCCUCCGGGCGCCAUCUUGGGGAGGCUUUGGGGCGGAGGGAGGAGCUAAUGGCGGAGGCCGGCUGGGAGUCGUCUCUCGUCUGGCAAACAGGCCUCAGGCGCCGCCAUGGGAGUGAAGCUGGAGGUGUUUCGGAUGAUGCUGUAUUUGUCAUUCCCUGUUGCUAUGUUCUGGAUUUCAAACCAGGCAGAGUAUUUUGAAGAAUAUGUAAUCAAACGAAAGAGGGAGAUCUAUCCACCUGAAGACGAUUACCAGAGAAAAGAGCUGGAAGACUUCAAAGAGCGUAUGAGAAAGAAACGGGAAGAACGGCUACUGCAGAUGGCAAAAGAAUAAUGGUGCAGCCUAUUAUAUGUACAUUUUGAAGCACUCUCAAGAAAGUUGCCAUCACUAGUCUCCUCUUGACUUUAAAUCAAUUCUGCUAUUUCUAAAGACUGGAUGACGGAAUGAAGGGACUUGCAGUGCAGUUCUACAUGGUAUAUUUCCUAGCAGAAAUUCUAUGUCUGUUAGUUCCUCACGGCACUUCUGGGCUUAAAUUGGAGAGGGGGAAAAAUGACCUGAUUUAGAGUUAACUGUUUCUAUCUUGAUGUUCUGCCUCUUGCCAUGUGCACCUAUUGAACCUUUGCCUCAGUUUGACAGUUAUCUCAUGUGAGUCGCUAAAUAAAAGCACUAUGUAAGAAGA